AUGCAGGACAAAGUGCUUUGCCCCGGCUCUCGCACUGGCUCGGAGGGCUUUGUGCUGGAUCCCUUCGUGCUCCGACCAGGGCUGCUGCCGCCGGCAGUGCCGCCGGUGCCGGCGCCGACAUCUUCGGAUUCGGUGCAGGAGGUGGUGCCUGGGCUCUUCGUCGCAGGCUCUUUUCAGCCUCCCCUGCAGCGGCUCUGGCGGCUGGGUGUGCGCUACGCGCUGGUGCUGGAGAAGCUGGAACGGCCAGAAGGUGACCAAACUUUGCAAGCAGGCUCCGACGCUUCGGAGCUCUUUGGGGUCGAGCUCCGGGAGCUCCGAGCAGAAUCCGAGGAGCUGACCCUGGAGCCUUCGGAGGCUUUGCCUUCGGAGCUUUCGGAGCUUUCGCUUUCGGAGCUCUCUGGCUUUCCGGGCAUUGCCGGGGCCACGGAAGGCUUCCUUUGCUCCCUUCUAAAGGAGAGCCACGAGAGCCGGAGCCUGGUGCUCCUGCCGCACUCUGACGAAGUCGAGCUCUGUGCGGCCGUCGCUAUAGAGGUCGUGGCGAGCCUCUUCAAGAUGGACUUUUUGGAGGCCCGGAGAUAUCUGAGCAGCCGCUGGGACGUGCCCGUCGGGGAUUCUUGGCUGACCGCCUUUGCUUCCUCCGCCACAGCCGCCACAGCCGAGCCGUUUUGGAAGGCACCGCCCUGGGAGGCCUUGGACAGCGAGGAGCCCAACAAAGGGCGGGCCAAGGCCCUUGCAGGCUGGUUUGCGGAAGGCCUGGAUGUGGUGUCCUUGGGGGCGGUGCGAUCCUGGGACCUUCAAUUUGCCAGCAGAGAUGAAGAGAUCUGUGAAGUCUGUGAAGAGCCGAUUCUGAAGAUCCCGGGGAGUCUUUUGUACGUUCCCGAGAAUGGUUGGGGAGCGGUCCCAGAAAUCUUCCGCGCCUACCGGGCCUGGCGCGCCCGGCUGAACCCAAAGUCGCCGAAGCCGAAGUCGAGGUCGAAGAAGUCAAAGACCCCUGAGAGACCCCAGAGGCUGGGUUCACAGGGUUCGCUAUGCUCGCCGUCUUCAGACCCUGGUCCGCUUGAGCCCCUGGUGACACUCCGAUUCUCAAAGUGCCUGCUUCAGGAUGAGAUUCUCGCAUUCCCGCAUUCCUUCAAAGAAGACCACGGACAGACCUGGCAUUUGGUGGCUCUCGUGUGCAGUUCCACCAGGACUGAGAAGCCUGCAUGCAUUCCAGCAAAGGAUGCGAAGGCCAUGAAGGCCCCAAAGGCGCCUUCAAGAUGUCGAGCCGUCACGUUCCUGCACGGAGGCGGAGGGAAGGAGUGGCUUGUGGAUGGCAACGCUCAGAUGCACGAGAUCCGGCGCUGGCCGCUCGGAUCCGUGCCGAACGCGUGGCUGUGCACGCGAGACCUCACGCCGCAACUGGCCGUCUACAGCACGCUGGCCCCCCGCGGCCAUGUGAAGCUGCCUCACCUGACCCGGCUUCCUGCCAUCGCCGGCUGGCGCUCCGACCUCACUGCGACUCUGACGGUGCGCGUCGUCACGGAGAAGUCGCUUCAGAUGACCCGGGGCUCUUUCGCUGGCGGUGCUGAGGUGCCAGCGUCUGCCGAGCUGACGCUUCCCAUGGCCGCGUCUCUCGAAGACCUCAAGCAGCAGAUCCACCAGCAGAUGCGGAUCCCCGCGGAGCGCCAGCUGCUGCUGCAAAUUCCGGACACAGGCUCCUCAUGGCUAUUGCCGGUUCGAAGCCCGGUGUCCUCGCUUCUACCACUGGCAGUGGUGCACGGAAUGCCCAUCACUCCGACCGUGCUGCUGAUGUUUCAGUCCGAUGGAGGCCCCUCGAAUGCCUCGAAUGCCUCGAAUGCCUUGACCUCGAUGCUGAGCUGGGAGCCAAGUAUGGACCUCCCAGAGCUGGUGCCUUUGCUCUGCAGAUUCUUCUCGAAAGACACCUUGGAGCACCAUGUCUUGGGCGUCCUCCUUGCAGAGACCGGCCAAAGCCUCCUGCGGCAACUCUCGCCGCUUCUCCGGCGCCUCGACAGCUUCGAGAGCUUCCAAAGAAGCGGCGAACAAAACGGCGAAAGCGGCGAGAAGGCCUUGGCAGGGUUUCUGGGCCCCGGCCCGGGAUCCCUGGUGAGCUUCGCGAAGGAAGGAGCUGUGGGAGCUGUGGGAGCUGUGGGAGCUGUGGGAGCGGAAGCUUUGGCUCUCGAGAGCCUCCGCCUGGAGCUUCCACUACGGGCGUGUCCGAGGAUCUUCGGAGCAGCCGUGGACCUGGAAAAAGCCGCCUGCGGCCGCGCUUCCUCGGACCUGCCGGCGGCCGAGGCCUGGAUGGAGCCGGAGCCGGAGAAAGCACAGCCCAUGCUUGGGUGCCUGUUCCUGCACACCGAGAUAGGGGAGAACCAGAAAGCAAAAGGGAGCUCUACGAAGGGUAAAAGCCAGGGUAAAAGUGAGAAGGACAGGAUCCUGUUGCCCUUCUGGCGAACCUUGGCAAAGGCCUUGAGGGAGGCAAGCGGCUCCGAUCUCCAGGUAGAUUUGGUGGCCGCGAAGCCCUGCAAAUAUCAUUCGAUGGCCCUUCAUGACCUGGAGCUCGAGUGUGAGCAUGGAGAGCCAGGCGGCGAGCUGGGCGAAGAGCCAGGCGAAGAGCCGGGCGAAAAGCCAGGCGACGAUCCGGGCCAGGGUGAAGCGUCGGGCUCCUUGGGAUUGCCGCUGUCUUUGGUGAUCUUCCACCUGAGGCCUGUCUCAAAGCUCACGGCCCAGGCGCUUUGCCGAGGCUUCGCGGCCGACCCUUCCGAAGAGAGUUCUUCGAGUUCUUCGAGUUCUUCUGGCGUGCUUCGGGGGAAGCUUGCGAGGCAUCGGCCGCGUGAGCUUUUGCUGCUCCACGGGGCGCGUUGUGGGGCGCAGGCGGAGUUGUGGACGAGCGUCUGCUUUGGGUUUAGGGAGGGGGUGCCCCGUCCGGCUGGACCUAUCCCUCUGGAUUUCCUGGCGGCCUUAGACUUCUUCGGGGUGCCCCGCUUCGUGGACGUAAAGACUCGGCACUUUGGGCCCUGGAACUUCGCCACUGGCACUACUCCUCUCGCUGUGCAGUGGGCAUCGCCUGGGCCCAAGGUGCCCCUCUUGCAGUGGGAGCCGGAGAAGGGGCCACGCAAAGGCCCUCACCAAAGCGAGGGAGGUCGCGAACCGGAGGAAGUCUCAGAGAGCGACAGCGAGCACAGCGAGCACCGAGGUGAGCACAGAGAGCACGGCGAGCACAGCCAGCCGGACUUGGAGGAAGAGGAUGCCGAGGAUGCCGAGGAUGCCGAGGAUGCCGAGGACGUCCAGCUGUGGGGUAUCAUCAAAGCUCUGAGGAAGAGAUGGGCCGACGAGACAGACUCGGAGGAUGAGGGGACGAAGGUGGCAGAUGCUGCGCCGUGCGAAGCUGCCAGUGCUGAGCCUGCGCCGGCAGUGGGUCAGGUGGGUCUGGAGAAGUGCAUUGAGCAGUCCAACAAGGACAAGUCGCUGAGUCCAGGAUGCAGCCCGGGGAGCAGCCCCAGCAGCAUGAGGCCCAAGUUCACGAUGCUUUCAUCCUCUUCUGGGAGCCCCAAGCGAAACUUCGUGUACACCGACCAGGAGACGUCGGAGGCCACAGGGACACACUCGCCCUCACCAGAACCUCUGGGGGCAGCCCCUGAGUCCUGGAGCUCUCCACCUUCCAUGCAGUGGAAGACUUUCGUGCGGAAGGUCUCCACGGACGACCGUGUGGUGGAGAUCAGCGAACCGCGCGGCCGCAGCACCAUUCCGUCUGUGGGGGAGAAGGGCGCGCGCUCUGAGCGGUGUCCGCAGCUGGCGAAGAUGGGCAUCUGCUUCGAGGGAGCCCGGUGCCAGCAUCAGCACCCGCCCGGUGUGCAGCUUGCCCGCGCCGAGCCGUGCCCCUUCGGCGGAAACUCCCGAGAGGCCUGUCCACUUCGGAACCUUUGUGCCUUCACGCACGGCGAGGCGGAGCAGCGCUGCCCGCCCAUCUUCCGGGCCCGAGGGAACGACCCUGCCGGAGACGAGGACGGCCUGGCGGAUGCGGCGCACGUGGUGCGGCGGUCCUUGGGCCAGAGCAUGGACCAAACGGUGGCCCUGCUCGCCGAGGCCCGGGCCUUGGGGCUGGUGGACGACGUGCGCAGCGCGGAGCGGAGGCUUCAGAGAACUCUACACGAGCAGACCGUGCCGCAGCGGUUGCCCUCGCUGCCCUGGCUUCCAUCGGCAUCACCGUCUCCGACGGGUCCAAACAGACAUCCCGGUACUGCUGGCACGGGCUGCCAAGCACAGGAAGCAUCAGCCGGCUCGAUGCCACGUAGCCGGGCGCUGAGCCGGGCCUCGUCUUGCGACUCCUUCUUUGACGGCGAGGCCAUGCGCUUCGUGCUGGCACCCUCCACACCGGGCGACAUCACGCAGUCCAACUCUCCCCGAUCGGCACAUUCUCACAGCCACACCCCAGGCGGUUACCGGCCAGAUUCCCAUGCCUGGGAUGACUACCACGGCAUCUACAGGCCUGGGUCCUUACCCAGUGCAGCUAGCAUUGACUGUGCGCUUCGCAACAUGGCGGAACAGGCGUCUCUCCAGGUGCCCUCAUCGAGCACGGUGCAGGACACCUUCGAGGAGGUUGCGGUGACUCCGCUGGUCCUGCGUGCGCCGCUCCGCCGGCGAAGCAGCAAAGCCUCCGCGGAGCCCGCGCCGCCAAGCUUGGGGUUCAUGUGGCACACCAGUCCCUUUGCCAUCUCCAGGACGCCCAACAUCCACACACCCAGCCAUCACUCUCCUGCCCGAUCUCCCACCUCCUUCAGUGGCUACUGCUCACCCAUCCCAGGUUUCCCCUCCGGGCUUCCCUCCGGGGUGGCCUCCCCGAACCAGCGCCGGUCGGGCUAUUCCUCCCCAUCCACCGGCCUUUCGACGGGCCUAGGUGGCACCUUCUUCGCUGGGGCGGCCGCCGCGGCCACGCAGUCUGGGCUGAUGCGCCGGCUCAUGUCCCUGCGCGAGGCCCGGGGAGAAGAGCGGGAGGAGGACAGCGAGUGGUCCAGCGAAGACAUCUCAGACGGUGACGGAGAGGCACCCGACUUGCUGGAGCUGCUGUUAAAGCACGCCGAGCGGGUGGCCCCACGUCGCGGGGGUCGGGAGCCGAGGCUGCUGUGCCUGGACCUAAGCUCCGAGCUGCUGCCCGUGCGGCUUCGGGGCUUGCUGCCCUGCCACUCGAUCCCCUUCCUCAAUGCCUGGGUACAGGCACUGCUGGCAUGUUCGCCUCUGGUGCAUCUUCUGGCGCAGGUGUCUCGGCAGAACCAGCAGCCACGGCCAGCCUACAACUGCUUGAUGCAGCUUGCAUGGGAGUUCUACGGAAGUAUCUGGAGCCCGAGCCCUGAGCAUCCUGAGCGUAGGCUGGAAAUGGUGCAGCCGGUGCUGGGCAACCGGCCACCAGUUGCCAUCGACGCCGCCUUCUUUGCUGAGCCUUUGCUGAGACGAUUCGAGCGGGGCAAGUCGGUUCAAGAGGCGCCAGUCUUCCCGAGGGUCCCAGGCCUCCUUGGCCCCGACAUGUUCUCCUGCUUCCUGCGUUUUUUCCUUGGCGAGCUUCACGACGAAUGCAAAUGGCCGACCCUGUCAGCGGUGCCUUACCAGCACGAGGACUCUCCGAUGAUGCGGAUCUUCGGGGGCCUUGUCCGCAAAACAUCUCAAGGGAGGCGCGUGAGCAGCUUGGGCGAUGGGCACGCGCAUGCUCACAACGCUCACACAGACGUGGCGCCGUUCCUCCUGCUGCACCUGGACCUUGCAGACCCCUUCAUGGACCCCAAGGUGCCGAUCUCUGUGGAGGGCGCGGUGGAGCAGCUUCUGGCACGCCAGGAGGCCCGGUUUCUGCGGCUGCCGCCCUUUCUGCUGGUGCAGCUCAACCGCUUCCGCACUGGAAGCGACGGCCUGCCAGACCGAGUCAGCCGCAAGUGUCGGAUCCAGUUGGAGAUGGAGCUGGAGGAAGCCACCGGCUACACCUUGCGAUCGGUCAGCUACCAGCUGCGGAGCGCCAUCUGCCACUACGGCGAAGUCCCGGAAGGCGGCGCCUACAAAGCCCUGGCCCUGCAUUGCGAAGGCGAAGCCGAAGCAGAGGGCCAAGAGGGCCAAGAGGGCCAAGAGGGCCAAGAGGGCCCACUCCGCCGCGGCAGCUGGCAUGUGCUGGACGAUGCAGCCGUGCGCUGCAAGCCCCAGAAGGACAUUCAGGACAUUGUGGACUCGGAGGGGCACCAUGCCUGCUUCUUGAUGUUCCGGCGGGGCCGUCUUCUCCUGAUGGCUGCGGGAGGCCAGAAGAACCGGCCUCCGAGCUUUCCGGCACUGUGCUGUAGCAUGCUGACCACUUUCUCAAAUAGCUCUGAACAUCUGGAGCAUUGCACGAAGAAGAUCGAAGGGGUACCGGAUGCGACCCUCAACCCACAGUCCCUGGGUCAGAUUUUCCCUUACCAUGUGGGGCCGGAGCUGUGGUGCUCCAGCCAUCCGUGCUGCGGCAGUGCGGAGGGCCAGCUGGGCCAACUGGGUCAGCAGCAACCGAGCUGGGACCUGGCGCCGUGCCAGCGAGGCCGGGCCUAUGCGGCCGAGGCAAAGAAGCGGCGGCCCCUCCGGCCCAAGGAGGAGCUGCUGAGGGACACGGCGCACCAUGAUGUGCCGGUGCGCCGCAAGGCGGUGAAAGACCUUGGCAGAUACCCGGACGACCCUGAAGCCAUCGCGGCCCUAGCCAAGGCUCUCGGUGACGAAGAUGUCGCCGUGCAGCUCGCUGCGCAGGGCGCCAUGUCCAAAGUAGCCGACAUUGGCGAUGAGCGCACCGUCAAAGCAACGUUGGAGCGCGUCUCCAGCACUUGCGAGUGGACAAGGAUCGCCGCGUUGAGCACGCUGGCAGACAUUACAGGCAAGUACGGGCAUGCAACCCGAGGGACCGCACUGGAUUUGCAGGUGGAUGAAGCUGUCAAAGGUCGGCUGAAAGAUGAGGACUGGGGUGUCAGGCGCGCAGCCAUUGACACCAUGGCCUCCAGAGCAGCACCGGGCUGCCAAGAGACGCUGGCGGCCGCCAAGCGGCUCCUUGAGGACCAAAUGGGAACUGUGCGGGAGUCUGCCAUCAAGGCCAUCGCUGCGUUGGUGCCGAAGGGCACGCGCGAGGCCAUCGACUGGAUCUCCCCAAGGCUUGAUGACUGGCACGAGUCUGUGCGGAGGGCAGCUGUUGUGGCGGUGUCUAAGAUUGCUGAAAAAGGCGAUCAGCACGCCAUCGAGCUUGAGAAGAGUGCGUGCGACGACAGGUCCUGGAUCGUUCGCAAGGCCGCGACGGACUCUUUGGCGGUGACGGCAACGCUGAACGACUUGACCUCGUUGCGAAAGCUGUCGAAGAUGCUGGAGGACUUCGAUCCCUUGCCGCGGAUGGCGGCCAUCUACGGCAUCGCGGAGCUCUGCGGCGUCGGCCAUCGCAAGGCCAUCGCCCUCGCGGAGGCGCGCCUCGAGCACCGUGACCCGGGCACGCGCCAGGCUCUCGCGCUGCUUCCCUUGCUCUAA